AUGCUUCUCACUCCAACCACCUUCCAUACCUCUAACUACGGUCCGAUGAGGCCGCACCUCCACACCUGCUGGAGGACCCAGUCACCAUCACCAUCACCACCACAACAAAGCUCACCACCAGCAGCUUUUGUUGCGAAGCGGCGAAAGCCCCAGAUUAAGGGGGAAGACAUCGUGCCUGGCGCGAUGCUAUACUUAUCUAGCAUCAAAGCACAAAGAUGUCCGGCGUUGUGGAGCCGCCUGGUCGCGGAGGACAAUAUACAAGCAGUCGACCAUCCGGUGUUCGUGGUGGAGAAGAACGGCACUAAAGCCGACAUCAUGAUUGCCACAUCUUAUACUGGACGUGGGCUCGGCGCCACAGCCGAUGGCGUUCGCGACUAUCACUACCACUUCUCAGUGGCAAGCACAACCGACAAAAGCGACAUGAUGCAGGCUGGCAAUGGAGAGAAGAUGAGGGUCUUCCUCGCAGACGGAAGCUCGUUGAAAAGGCCGACUUGCAUCCGGGUCGUGCGGUACACUAUCGAGUGGCGCCUUCUGGAGCGCUAUAUGGUCGACAACAAAACGCAGGAUAUGCGGCUCGAGGCCUCAUCAGUCGAACGACUUCAUAUAGCAGCUCAAACGAUCGAGGAGAGCAAUGCUGGCGGCCCUCUAUUCGCAUACGAACACCUUCCACCACUCCCCUCUCAUGGCCCAAGCCUUGCAUCUUUGAUAAAGAAAGCGGGCGGGAUUCCGACAUUCACGCCGGCCACACAGUGA